CACGGGGCAGUGCAACGGGGCAGUGCGGCACGACGCGCACUUGGAUAGGCGCGCCAUGCCGGGACGUCGCGCCAGAGCUCUGCUUGACGACCCGAACGGAUGUCAAGCUGAAGUCAUCCUGAGUUGCUGCGGGCCAGUGCAGCUUGUGGCAGGUGGCUGCGUUGCGGCUGCCAACUACUUGUGCGAGGCGGCUGGGAAGGCUUUCAGCGCGCGCUUCGAGGCAAGGGCACCCACGUCAGACUCAGAUGCGGCGAGCUCCGAAAGUGAUGAGUCGGCCGCUGGGGAAGAGUAUGGCAAGAACAAAAGCAACAAGGACAAAAAGGCAGCUGGAGGCUACCUGAAAAUAAGCGAGUUGCUCAAAGGGGUUCAGCUUUACGAGCUCAUGGGGAUAUCCGAGGGGGCCUCCCAGGAUGAGAUCAAGAAAGCGUACAGGACCAUGGCGCUGAGUGCCCACCCAGACAAGCAGGCAACGAUGGAGCCGGAUGAAGCCAAGAAGGUCCAAGAGAAUUUCAUCAAGAUCCAAGAGGCCUAUGAGCUCUUGUCGGAUCCCGUGAAGCGAAAGCAAUACGACUCAAGCUUGGACUUCGAUGAGAGCUUGCCAAAGCUGCGCUCCGGUGAAGACUUCUUCCAAGUCUUCGGUGAGGCCUUCCGUCGCAACGCGCGCUUCUCGGUGAAGCGGCCGGUUCCUGACCUUGGCUCCAUGGAGGAUGAGCCUCGUUCCUGGAAGAGGUUCUACGAGUUUUGGGACAACUUCCAGUCCUGGAGAGAUCCCGUGAUGCUGGCACAGAGUGCCGGCGAAGAGAUUUGCGACCUCGCCGAUGCCGAGUGCAGAGAAGAAAGGCGCUGGAUGCAGAGGGAGAAUGAACGAGUCGCCCGGAAAUACAAGCAGCAAGAGCGAGAUCGCAUCGCCAAACUUGUGAGCCUUGCCGAAUCCAUGGAUCCGCGAGUCCAAGCAGAGAAGGAGGCAAAGAAGUUGGCCCGUCAGGCAGAAGCAGCCAGAAAAGAGCAGGAGCGAGCAGCGGCUCAGCGCGCCAAGGAGGAGGCCGAGCGCGCGAAGCGAGAAGCAGAGGAGGCGGAGAGAGCUGAGCUGGAGAAGAAGCGCAAGGAGGAGAAAGCGGCCAAGGAUGCUGUGAGAGAACGGGUCAAGAAGUGCCGGCAGCGAUUGCGGAGCUUUCACCCUGCCGUGAAAGCCCACGUGGUCCUGGAUCAGAUCAACACGGUGUGCUCCCAGUUUGAGGAGGACGCGCUGCGGGAGCUGGGCCACGGCAUUGAUGAGGCGCUCAAGAAGAAAGACGUGCUCGGAGCGGCGGCCCUCUUCCACCAGGCCAUCGAGAAGUGCGGCUUGACACCGAUGAAGGUCUGUGAAGAUACUGCGAGCACCACCAGUGGCCCGACUGACUCCCAAGAGGACUUCCAAGCUGCAGAGGAGCUUCGGCAGCGCGAGGAGCAGAAGAGACGAAGGGCUGCGGAGAAUGAGGCCAAAAGGCAGAAAGAGAUGGCCGAACAAGCUGAAGAGCGCGCGAAGCUUGCUGCCGAGAAGGCUGAAGAAAGGAAGAAGAAGGAGGAACAGCGAAAGAAGGAGCAAGCUGCUGCAGACGCGGCAAAGAGGCAACAAGAGAAGAAGGAAGAACAGAAAGCGCGGAAGGCUGAAGAGAAGCAAAAGAAGCAGGAGGAGAACGAGAGGCUGAAGAAGGAGCAGCAGCGAGAGGAGGCGCGCAUCAAGGCCCAGGAACAGUCCGAGAAGGACAAGCAGCUGGCCCAGGCCAAGAAGCAGGAGAUGGAGCAGGAGCGGCUGGUGCAGCUGUUUUCCCAGGACCGCAUUGACAGGCUAGCAAAGCUCGAUGCGCUCACCGAUGAGAAGUUGCUGGAUGCUUUGCAAGAGUCUGUGACAGACCCUGGCCUUGCCGGAGCGUUGAAGCUACUUGACCAGGUGGACGACCGCGCUGUUGCCCUGGUCCAUGAACGGCAGGCAGUGUGGGGCCUGGCCCUGCCUCCCCCGCAGAUCCGGGUGGAGAACGCCCUGCGCAACCGGGUGAAGAAGGCCCGGAAUCGACUAACGCAAGUGAUGACCAGCUUCUUCAGCAAGUGCGAGUUUGAUGCUGCAGACGAUGGAGCAGUUUCCGAAUGGCAGCGUGGCAUCGUGGACGGAAGCGUCGAGAUCCCUACAUGGGAGGAGACCGCACCUGAGCCUGAGACCGCUCCAGGUCGGGCCUUUGCUUUGGCAUGUAAGAUCCUGCAAGCCAGUUCGUGCGCAGACAAGCCUGACAAGCCCGAGAAGAAAAAAGCCAAAAAGCCGGAGAAGAGCAAAGAGGAUGAUCUUGAUCAGAUCUUGGCAGAGCUGGACUCGCCCGAAAAGAGCAAGAAAGCAGGCAAGAAGAAGAAGUGAAUGGCCGGGCCCAUGCUUGGCUCCCAACUGGUUCGCUCGUGCGUUCCGCCAUGUGCUGGGGACGUCAAGCAUGUGAUUGUCUUGGGGGCAUUUGGCCCUCCAAUGAUUUUUGCUUCCUGUGCAUAGUGCGUGGCAAAGCCACGGAUGGCACAACGUGCCAUCACACUCAUAGGCAAUUAAUGAUUUACCGACUAACCAGUUCCGGUCUUUAGCUUUGGGCGAUUGCCCAUUUCACCCGCCACCCGCCUGCUGCCAUAAGCCAGGCACUUCUCGUCCAAGCGUUGCAGGCUAGACGGCCUCCGUCCAACACUGCAAGAAAGUGCACAGACAGCCCCAUACC